UUUAGAUAUUGGCGAAGAGAAGCGGUCUAAAUUGGAAAAGUACGCGUGUGCUCGGCGAGCUGCAGAAAGGGCUUAAUUAUGAUCUGGAAACAAUGAUUUCCCUGGUUGCCAGAGUGUUGCACACGGAGCCCUACAGCAAAGAGGAAGUCCUGACCGAACUGGAGGUUACAAACGAAACUCUGGACGCCGUUUCUCUCACGGAAAACACCAAACACAUUCAGACCUACAAGCUACAUCAAAGGGCGAUGCACGUGUUCGAAGAGGCGUUGCGUGUGCAGAAGUUUUACGAGGAAUGCAUAAGGGCUUCGGGAUCUGCGGAAGGAUCUUUGGUGGCGCUCGGCAGAUUGAUGGCGGAGAGUCAUGCCAGUCUUAGGGACAACUACGAGUGCAGCCAUCCUCAGAUGGACAGACUUGUUGAGUUAUCCGAAGGGCUUUCGUUCGGGGCGCGGCUGACUGGAGCGGGUUGGGGCGGAUGCAUCGUCGCCCUUCUCACACAUUCGACCGUCGAUAACUACAUCUCGACCAUCAAGGAGAAAUUCUACAAACCUUUGGGAAUUGAUGGAAGCGAACUGAAUACUCUGAUCUUCGCCACCGAACCCAAUCAGGGAGCCUGCAUUUACCAAACAACAAAUUGAUAUAUGUAUUACAUGAAUUUUUUUUGCAUUUGA